AAAACUCAACUUGGGUGGGUAAUCGGCGGCACGUUUACCUGGACCGACAAAGAACCGCGUGUCACAAGUACAUGCCAUUUGGCCACGCAUCAUGACCUACAGUCUCAAUUAGAAAAAUUUUGGACGAUCGAAGAAAUUAACCCUCCGGAAAUUAGGGCACUCGACGAGUGUGAAGCACACUUUCGAAAAACGACGCGAUGGACCACAGACGGCCGGUAUAUCGUCAGCAUACCAUUUAAGGACAAUAUUGCAGAUUUAGGUGAAUCACGGCGACAAGCAGAGCGACGUUUGUACGCAUUAGAAAGAAAACUAAGUAAAAACCCGCAGUUAAAGCAGCAGUACGUAGAAUUCUUGGAGGAAUAUGAGAAAUUAAGGCACAUGUCACGCGUUUUAGAAACUCCUGAAACAACGGCAGUAGCGUAUUAUCUUCCGCAUCACGCCGUAUCCAAGAUAAGCAGCACGACAAAGUGUACGGAGACAGCCCCAGACAUUAGUAAAAUAAUAAUGAACGAUUUUUACGUGGACGACUUGUUGACGGGCGCUCAAACCUCGAUAGAAAUCAGUACUAUAAAAUCUAAACUCACAACUAUUCUUUCACAAGCUGGAAUGCACCUCCGUAAAUGGGCAACAAACUGUCCAGGUGUUAUUACAAUGCCAGGUAGCAACAACAAUAGUCAAGAAACCAUAAUAGAAAGGGACCCGAAAACAUUAGGUCUAUCGUGGUCACCAAGGACAGACGAAUUAAAUUUCAUGAUUCAACUCGACAACAAUAGACGAACUACGAAACGCACUAUACUGUCAGAAAUCGCACGGCUCUUUGAUCCGUUAGGUUUGUUAGGUCCUUUUAUUGUCAUAGCCAAGUUAAUCCUACAACGGUUAUGGCAGAUUCAGGCAGGGUGGGACGAAUCAGUGUCACAAGAGCUUUCUACUCAGUGGUUAGAAUAUCGUGAAGACAUCCAACAAAUUCAAACACUCAAGAUUCCACGUUGCACGAUUGCAACUAACUUAGAUAUUGACACGCGAUUAGAAUUACACGGGUUCUCAGACGCGUCGGAGAAGGCAUAUGGGGCGUGCAUUUACCUGCGUUCUCGGGACACGGCAGGUCAAUGGACGGCUGCCUUAUUAUGUGCAAAGUCAAGAGUGGCACCUCUUAAAGCGAUUUCAUUGCCACGGUUAGAACUUUGCGGCGCGGUAUUAUUAGCAAAUUUAAUUCAGAAGGUUAGAAUAGCAUUGCAUUCGGUCAAUCCAGUUGAACACUUAUGGACAGACUCGACCAUAACCCUCACAUGGUUCCGCA